GUUUGGUUUCAAAAUGCCAGAGCCAAGUUUAGGCGGAGUGUUUUGCGACCAACCCAGAACUGCCUCACCAGUCUAGACAGCACAAACACCAACUGCUCUGACGGCCAACACAUCAGCACUAUACUCAGUGAGCCAACCGCAGCGCAGGGUCAUGAUGCUAGGUUCAACCAAUCAGGAGACGACAACCUCAGCUGUGUACUCUCCGAUGAGCCGCGGACUGUCAAUUCAGAGGAUCCGGAAGCACUGGAACGGUUUGUCCUCAACGACUCCUUCCUUGACUCUGCACAGGAGCCUUUCCUUGGCGCAAACGACAGUGGGUUGUGCGAGGAGGAUGCUGAUGUUGUCCGACAGAGACCACGAUCAAAACCACGAGAGGAGAAUGAGCUCUCGGAAUUUUUUGGCUCAUCACCUCUACCUCUGCCAAUCCUCGACCAGGGCCCAUGUACCUGA